GGCUCGUCACCAGUCUCAACAAGAACAUAAAGGCUGUCUGUGUCCGCUCACUUCGGCCGUCACGCUUUUCUCCUCAGAGGAGGUCAUCUUUUUUUUUUUACGGAUCCGUUUCGGGUUUGCUGUAUCAAGCUUCAGCGAGACGUGUUUUUCCCUCUUCAAAAUAUUUAGGUGCCGUUUACACCAUGGCUAUGAUGAAGAGUGGUUGGCUUCACAGACAAAGUACCAUCUUACGUCGAUGGAAGAGAAACUGGUUUGACUUGUGGUCUGAUGGGCGACUCGUGUUCUACAAUGACCAACAACGACAUGACAUGGAAGAUGAGGUCCAUAUGAGAGUAGACUGCAUCAACAUCCGCAGUUCUGCUGCAUGUCAAGACCUGAACCCACCAGAGGGAAAGAUGUGUGAUGCCUUGCUGCAGAUCAUGUGCAGAGAUGGACGGGUCAUCAGCGUGUGUGCAGACAGUGCAGAUGAUGCUCUAGCAUGGACCAUGGCGCUUCAGGAUGCAAGAAUUAACACAUUGGCUGCUGCUCCUCAGAUCGGCUUUGCUCAAGACGUGAUUGCUUCUGCUCCUCCCCCCUACUCGGAAUAUGCUCCCCCACCUCAGGUUUAUACCCAGAGUCCAUAUGGGGAUUACGCUGCACCUCCCCCACAUGCCACGCAGAUUGUUUACUCUGCUGACGGGCAGCACUAUGCUGUUGCUUAUCCUUAUCAGUACCAAGGUGGCUACCUGGCUCCAGGAGUGAACCAUGUUGUUAUUCGGGAACGACAACGUGAUGACGGAGGAGACGUGGCUUUGGGCAUGCUCGCUGGGGCAGCCACUGGUUUGGCACUCGGCUCGCUCUUCUCUGUAUUUUAGGGCAACUCCGCCUUCAUUAGCAUGCACCCGGUAGCACAUAAUUCCCCAUAUUUGAAUAUGUUCGUCUCUGUGCCGUCACAUGAGUUGGAUGAAACAGCUGGGUCUGCUUGUACCUAUGACGUUUGACUGUGAUGGACGGAUGGAUGAGUGACUUCCUCGUGUGUCCUCCUGUAGAAAGGUAUUAUUGACACUUUCCUCUGUGUGCUAUGAAGAUGAAUGUAGUUAACCAGAAAACACCAAGAUUUAUUCAACCUUGAAAAUGACUGCAAUAACAGUAAAAACUCUUGAAGGUGUGUACAUUUCAGGUCCUCUUAACUAUUGUUCAUGAUCCAUGUUUGUCUUCUACAUUGGUUUCUUUUCAUACCGGUUUGGUUUUGGUUUCAGCACACUCUACCCCCUGAUAUUUAUAACUUUGCUUCAUGUGUAUUAUUUGAUUUUUGGCUGUGUAGUGUUUCUUUGGAUUCUCAGGUUAUUUGUGGUGGAGGCAGGUUCAGAUGUGAGAUGUGCAGUUAAAUGACAAGAGCAAUAA